CACCACCGAGGAACUGAAAGUCUGGAUCAAACGGGUGCAGAAAAGAUACAUCUAUGAUAAUGUCGCUAAGGGAACCCCGCAGAAUUCCAGGACAGCACCGAUCAUCUUACCUUCAAAAAGAUGCUGCCCCGGGACGAGAGAAGGUUCAAGGCCGCAGACCUGGACGGGGACCUGACCGCCACCCGUGAGGAGUUCACUGCCUUCCUGCACCCUGAGGAGUUCGAGCACAUGAAGGAAAUCGUGGUUUUGGAAACGCUGGAGGACAUUGACAAGAACGGGGACGGCUUUGUGGACCAGGAUGAAUACAUCGCGGACAUGUUUUCCCACGAGGAUGGUGGCCCCGAGCCGGACUGGGUCUUGUCGGAGCGUGAGCAGUUCAGUGACUUCCGGGACCUGAACAAGGACGGGAAGCUGGACCAGGAUGAGAUUCGGCACUGGAUCCUCCCCCAGGACUACGACCACGCACAGGCCGAGGCCCGCCACCUGGUGUACGAGUCAGACAGGAACAAGGAUGGGAAGCUCACCAAGGAGGAAAUCUUGGACAACUGGAACAUGUUUGUGGGGAGCCAGGCCACCAACUACGGCGAGGACCUCACCAAGAGUCAUGAUGAGCUGUAGGAGCCACCGCCAGUCUUUUCUCUCCAGGUCUCUCCAGGGUGGUUGUCGCCGAGGUCUCUUUUACAGCAGUGUGUCCCCGAAAGAGUGAGGUUAUGCCUCAGGUUGGGAUAGAGGACACUUUUUACUCAGCAUUUACUGGAAAACAGCCAACAGGACUCAAGGUACAUUGUAAUCCUUGCAAAUUGCCAUUCUUUAUAGAGUCCCUGGCUACAACAUGACUUUUUAAGGUUUUCUUCCCUACUAAGUUUAAAUGAAAGGGGAAUAAAACUCAGAAAAGCCCAGUUAUUCAGAAGUCCGGUGGGUUGGGGCCCCAGCAGAUAAGAGUGUGCUAUGUUUGAUAACUGUCAGAUUUUUUCUAUUUGCCUUUGUUAAACAUCGGGCAAGGGAAAAUUGUGAGACAGGAAAGUGCUGUGUCUUCAGCAGGCUGUCUUCGAGCAAGUCUAAUGUUCCAUAUUCUCCCCUAUGACUUGGUCCUUUGAGUGGUUACUGUGAGUCACAGAAGAAACUCCAGCAUGUUUUUCCGUACGAACUUGGCUGAUGUACACGAUCAACCCACAUCUUUGUUUUUCAUUUGUACAAUAAGUAGCAGUCAAGAAAGAUAAUGUGAAGAAAAAAGGAAUUUUGCAGGUGGUGAAAAAAAAAUUGAAUUGCACGCCCUGAAGAACUGUGGGAAAAUGGUAAACACUUUCCCUGUACUUGAGAACAUUUCCUUGAUGUGUGAACCAGGCACAUGUGAUCUUUGAAGUAGUAGCUAGAAACAAUCCAUUUCCUCAGUGGCCCUGGCUCACAGUGAGACCAUGGGGUUCCAGGGAGGCCGUGUGGAGUUUGCUAGUCUGUGACUCUUGGAUCCACCCCAGGUGGCCUUCAGCAUUGAAUUAGGACGCGGUGAAGCUUGAGCCAUUCACAGGACUGGCAGAAGGGGAGGAGGAAGGGCUUGGAAUAAAGGACCUGCCUGAGGA